AUGGUUGACAUUUUGAGAAUACAAAUUCAGUGGCAGUGUGGAAAGCGCAAGAAAUUUCUCUAUAGUAAUGUCUCAGUCAAUUUUCAUAAAUUAUGGACGUUAUUUUUUAUAUUUAGCUAUGUAGGUUCAUAUUUAGCCAGUGAUGAUGAAACCAAAAUUUUAUCGAGAAAAAGGCGUUAUGUCACAUUUCCUGAAGGUUCAAGUUUCUCGGCAGCUGGUUGCAUGACAGUGGGUGUGAUUGGUCAGCCUGCGCCUUCCACAGCCCCCGGCACUUUCACCUUCGGCCUCAACUGGGGUAUAGCAUAUGAGCUCCCCAAUGCAACCGAGACCUUGAUGUUCUACCACAAGAAGUACCGGCUGAAGAAGCCAGCUACUCAGAGGAGGAACAGGAGGGAUUUGUACCAGAAAGUUGAAGUUGUUUUAGAUAGCAUGGGGUACAAUGGCCGAGAAUGCAUAUUGAAGACAUUGUGUGAAACGACGCAGCGUCUCGUCCCGCAUGGGGAUAACAUGAUGGAGGAAAUGUUCAGGACUUUAUUCACGUUACCCAUGAGCAAAGUUUUACCAGAGGAGCCUUUGGAGCAUGCGAUAUACGAUGCUGCUCAUCGUUUAGGCGUUCUGAUGGAAAGCUGCGAUGUCUACAAAUGUCCCCUGUCUUUGGUUGACUGGGCCCAAGGAUAUUACAAUGCACCGGCCCCAAAGUUGGACACUUUAACACACCCUUGGGCUUUAUUCAGUAGUAGUUUUAAUUGAUUUUGCCGUAUUAGAUAGAUUAAUAAAUGUAUUAAAGGUUA